UGUAGCAGCAAGCAAACACAGGGACGACGAUCCAAGCUCCAGAAAUGAGGACCUCCAUCCAUGGCUGCUCUCUUCGUCAGCCAAGCAUGAGCGCCGGCCGACGGCAGCCCUCCUCCGUCUCCGCGAGCGCCACUCGUCUCCCUCGGCAGAUCAUAUCGGCUGCAAAGGAGCUUCACCAACAGCUUGCUUUGAGAAUUGGGGAUGCAUCAUCAAACGCUCUCAAUUAUGCGUCGCAAAGGUUGCUGGAUGCAUUUGUGGGCAUCGUCUUCACAUUAAGUCGCCAACCUUUACGUCCCACCGAGGGUAAUUUUGCACCCGUCGAAGAGAUCGGCGACAUGCGAGAGAUAUUUGAUAUCGCAGGAGAGAUUCCAGCAGAUUUUCCAGAGGGUGUUUAUAUAAGAAAUGGUAAAGCUUCUAUGCUCCUACCGUCUUACCAACUGAGAGAUCACAAAAUGCAUGCAUGGAGCAGAAUCAAAAUGCAUGCAUGCAGGUUCAAACCCUCUCUUUGGAGCCCUCCACUCGUCAAGCUCUAUCUUUGGCAAGUCCCACGACAUUUGGGUCGAAGGAGAAGGCAUGCUCCACGCCGUGUACUUCACCAAGAGCAACAACAACACAUGGUCAAUCAAGUACACCAACCGCUACGUGCAGUCCGAUACAUUUAGGGUUGAGAAAGGACUGAAGAAACCAUGCUUCCUCCCUGCCACUGACGGUGACCCUCUUGCGAUGCUCAUAGCGGGUACCCUUAAUACUCUGAGGUUCGGAAAGGCUUUCAAGAACAUGAGCAACACCAGCGUGUUUGAGCAUGCUGGGAGAGUCUUCUCAGCAGCAGAAAAUGAUAACCCCCAUGAGAUUGACUUGUAUAGUCUUGGCACACUGGGUAGCUGGAAUGUUGAUGGAGGAUGGAAGAUGCCAUUCACUGCGCACCCCAAGGUAAUCUCUGGAACAGGAGAGUUGGUUAUCUUCGGGUUCAACGUGGAUGCGCCUUUUCUAACGGUUGGAGUUGUCUCAGCCGACGGGAAGAAACUACAGCAGAAGGUUGCUCUCGAGUUAGAUAGAUGCACAUAUUGUCACGAAAUAGGAGUCACUACAAUGUACAACAUUAUCUUAGAUGCUCCACUUACAAUCAACAAGGAAAGGAUGCUAAAAGGUGCUCCGUUGAUUGAAUUUGAAAAGGAUAGCUAUGCAAGAAUAGGUGUUAUGCCCCGUUAUGGCGAUGCAAACUCGAUAACAUGGUUUUACGUACAAUCAUUCUGCACGAUCCAUCUUGUCAACUACUUUGAAGAAGAUGAUGAGGUCGUUGUGAGAGGAUUUCAUGUGCCAGGUUCUAUCAUUUUGGGGCCAAGGAUAAACUCCAAUCAAGGACUAACCGAGGAAUGUUUUUCUCGCUUGUAUGAGUGGAGACUAAACUUGAAAACAAGGACAGCUAUAGGCAAAUACUUAACUGGAAAAGAGGUUGCCCUGGAAUUCCCAGUAAUCAAUGACAAGUAUGUUGGCUUGCCUCACAAGUAUGCAUAUGCACAAGUGGCAGAUUCUCCGGCAAAUUUGGCAGGUGGUCCCGGAAUAGUACGACCAAAAUUCGGAGGUUUUGCAAAAAUUUGUCUUGAUGAGAAAGAGGACGCAACCACCAAGAACAAAGGCAGAGAAGACCUCAUAAAAGUGAAGUAUCAUCACCUUGACAGAAAUCAAUUCUGCUCUGGAGCAACUUUUGUGCCAAAGGUCAAUGGUACAAACGAAGACGAUGGCUGGAUAGUUUCGUUUGUGCAUGAUGAGGGGACAAAUAAAUCUAAAGUGCACAUCAUCAACGCACAAACAUUUGAGUAUGAGCCUAUUGCCAAGAUAACACUGCCGCAAAGAGUGCCAUAUGGUUUUCAUGGAGCAUUUAUAUCAAAAAGUACAUGACAAAGGACAUGAUUUUCCUAUAAGCCAUGCAUCCACCACUUAAUGCAUAAUAUAUUCAUAUAUAAAGUUUACCAUUUAUUAUGACUGUGACUUUAUGGCAACCCUAUGGUUUUCAUAGAAGACUUGUAUCAAAAGGUGCAUAACAAAGUGACAGUUUUACCUAUAAGCAUCUAUAUCAGUAAACUCUGACAGACCCCUCGAUAGAGUGUUGCGACUAGCUGGAAGAAAUAGAGAGGUAACAGAGGAUCGAUUCACAUAGGUUUGGGACCUCAUGGUGGAGGUAAAACCCUAAUCAUGCUGGUAUUAUACUGUGAUGAUGGGGGUGUACAAGGUGCAAGGAUGUAUCGAGCGAUAGAUUGUAAGAUGUUUUGGACUAGUCCUCCCCUUGCUUAUAAAGGGUGUCGGGGGUCUAUGGUUUAUAGGAAUCCUAGCCGACCUAAGCAACAUGGAGAAUCCAUAUGCCAGCCUACCCAUAUGAGCACCUCCGAGAGACUGAGCUGGCACAUCAUCUUGAGAUUGACGAAGUCACCAUAGAUGCAUUCGUAGUCGACAGGAGUUUCUCCUCCCAUUGAAUACACAUGGCCGGAAGGCCUGAAAUAAAUUCAGAAAAAUGUAAGCACCAGUCUCAAGUUUAGGACUUGAACCCUGGUGGGUUGAGGAUGCCAAUGUCCUCCUAACCAUCUAACCACAGGUCAAGCCGGCACUGUAGAGGAGUGGCGGCAGCGGCGCGACGGUGACUCGUUCUGACGGCAAUAAUGGUCGUUCGAUGGUCUUGAAAUCUCAAUGUAAUAAUUUUUAUUAUGUUUGAGAUGCUUUGUACUUCCAAUGAACUUC